UGAAACUUUCCGGGGCAGCCUGGCUGCCUGUGAUUGGCCGAGGCGGAUGUAACCUCCAUGCAAAUGAAGCCACGCCACCCCGCCGCCUGGAGAUCAAUAGAGAUCUGAGAGAGAAAGGAGCAUGCAUUCAGGCUCGGCAAGCUCAGGGAAAACCUGCCAAGGCACGCCAAAAACACCCCCCAAACUGGUCCCCCCAAAGGCAGGCGAGGUAGCCAAGCCCCCCAGGCAGCCCCCGCACCCUCCGACGAGACCCCCUGUCCCCAGCGCGCCUCUAAAGCGAGAGCUGUUCUCUUGUUUCUUAUGAGCCCAGGAUGAGCAACAAAGAAGACCCGAGCAAGUGUUGUCCCGCAGCACCUCCGCUCUCCAGUUUCACCAUCCAGUCCAUCCUAGGCAGCGGCACCUCGGAAGGAGGCAGGGAGCCCAGCUCCAAGCAGCCAGCCUCCGCCUCCGCUUGGCCGAGCAGGAAGAGGAGCCUCUCCAUAUCCUCCGAAGAAGAGGAGCCGGAUGAGAGCUGGAAACACCCCGCUUGCUUCUGCCCCGAUUCGCAUGGUCCUAAAGAAACGUGCCACAAACACCACCAACCCAUCAGUUUCACGUGUCUCAGCAACCCGAAGGGGAACGGCUCGGCGAUCAGUUCCGACCGGACGCCGCCUUUCCUUUCUCCGUCCCAGCCGGACUUCAAGGAAGAGAAAGAGAAGCACUUCGGGCCGGGCUCGCCGGCUUCGUCGGAGCGGCAGCGGGACGGCGCGGAGCGGCAGGCGAGCUCGGCCAAGAAGAAGACGCGCACGGUUUUCUCGCGGAGCCAGGUCUACCAGCUGGAGUCCACCUUCGACAUGAAGCGCUACCUGAGCAGCUCGGAGCGCGCCUGCCUGGCCUCCAGCUUGCAGCUGACAGAGACCCAGGUGAAAACCUGGUUUCAGAACCGCAGGAACAAAUGGAAACGGCAACUCUCGGCGGAACUGGAGGCGGCCAACAUGGCCCACGCCUCAGCCCAGACUCUCGUGGGGAUGCCCCUGGUUUUCAGAGACAACUCCCUCCUCAGAGUGCCGGUUCCCAGAUCCAUCGCCUUCCCGGCUCCCUUAUACUACCCAGGCAGCAAUUUGUCGGCCUUACCUCUUUAUAAUCUCUACAACAAGAUCGACUAUUGAACUGGCGCAGCGUCUCCACCCACGACCUUUUCUUCACCCGCCCGCCUGUUAUUCAUAGGAAAGGAGAAAUGUGCUUCUUGCAUUGUUAAGAAAUACACCAUGUGUAUUCAUUAUUAUGAUUAUUAAUUUUUUUAAGGGGGG